CUACUGGACAGUAGAACAUCUGUUACUGAUGUGAAAUUUGCUCCCAAACAUAUGGGUCUGAUGUUAGCAACCUGUUCAGCAGAUGGCAUAGUAAGAAUAUAUGAGGCCCCAGAUGUUAUGAAUCUCAGCCAGUGGUCUCUACAGCACGAGAUCUCAUGUAAGCUGAGCUGCAGCUGUAUUUCUUGGAACCCUUCUGUCUCUCGUGCUCACUCCCCAAUGAUCGCUGUGGGAAGUAAUGACAACAGUCCAAAGGCAAUGGCAAAGGUUCAAAUUUUUGAGUACAAUGAAAACACCAAGAAAUACUCAAAAGCAGAAAUUCUUAUGACAGUAACAGAUCCUGUUCAUGAUAUUGCUUUUGCUCCAAAUUUGGGGAGAUCUUUCCACAUCCUGGCAAUAGCCACCAAAGAUGUAAGAAUUUUCACAUUAAAACCUGUGAGUAAAGAACUUACUUCUUCUGGUGGUCACAGAAAAUUUGAAAUCCAUAUCUUGGCUCAGUUUGAUGAUCACAACUCUCAGGUCUGGAGGGUGAGUUGGAACAUAACAGGAACAGUGCUAGCAUCCUCAGGAGAUGACGGCUGCGUGAGGUUGUGGAAAGCUAUUUACAUGGACAAUUGGAAGUGUACUGGUAUUUUGAAACAUCACUGGAGCCCAGUAAAUGUGGGUUCUUAGCUGGGAAAUUGAAAUCCUUCACUAAGCUCAAAUACUCCAAGUCUUCAAAACUCAUUACUUGUACCUUCUUCUGGCAGAAAGCACAGCUGA